CGCUCUUCACAAAAUAAGUCUGUAAACUACUUCCAUGUUUUCAUCAUCCUUCCUAACUUCUCAUGUUUUAUAACAAUUAAAAGUUCUUAUGUCUUUUUAAUUAAUCUGUAUUUUAUAAAUUAUAUCAUGCCAGUAAUAAGCGUGAAACGCGACGAACUGUUUAAAGCUCUAGGGAGGACAUACAGUGAGGAGGAAUUUGACGAGCUGUGUUUUGAAUUUGGAGUAGAAUUGGAUGAAGUCACCUCAGAAAAGGAACAGAUCGAGCGGGAACAAGGAAAGGAAAAAGCUAAAGAUGCGUCCGACAUCAUCGAAUAUAAGAUUGACAUUCCAGCCAAUCGAUAUGACCUGUUGUGUAUGGAAGGUCUCACCCGAGGAAUAUUGGUCUUCCUAGAAAAAAUCAAGGCACCAAGAUACAAGGCUGUGACCCCGCCUCAUGGCGAAAUACAACAACUACUUAUACAGCCAACGACCGCCCAAGUUCGACCCCAUGCCGUGGCUGCUGUACUGAGGAGGGUGACAUUCACUCCAGAUAAUUAUCAGAGCUUCAUUUCACUUCAAGACAAACUUCAUCAAAACAUUUGCAGGAAGAGAAGCUUGGUUGCUAUAGGAACUCAUGACCUUGACACUGUGAAAGGACCUUUUAUUUAUACUGCAAAACCACCAGGAGAAAUCAAAUUCAAACCUCUGGGUCAAACACAGGAAUACACAGCCGCAGAGCUGAUGAAGUUAUACUCAACUGACAGCCAUCUUCGAGCAUAUUUACCCAUCAUACAAGACAAGCCUGUGUACCCAGUCAUCUACGAUAGUAACGGGAUAGUACUUUCCAUGCCACCAAUUAUAAAUGGAGAGCACUCGAAAAUUACCAUGGAAACAAAGAAUGUUUUCAUCGAGGCCACGGCAACUGAUCUGCACAAAGCCAAGAUCGUGUUGGACACAAUCGUCACCAUGUUCAGUGAAUACUGUGCUGAACCCUUCGUAGUUGAAAGUGCCGAGGUGGUGCAACCAGAUGGAACAAGAGUUAUCUACCCUGAGUUGCCCUAUAGACAUGAAGUCAUCAAUGUGGCAGCAACGAACAGACGAGUUGGUAUCAACCUCACAUCAGACAAGAUGGCUGCACUGCUAUCGAAGAUGUGUUUGGAGAGUGAAGUUGUGGAUGGAGGACAGAACAUCAGGGUGGAAAUUCCCCCCAACAGACACGAUGUGAUCCAUGCGUGUGACAUCUGGGAAGACGUCGCCAUCGCGUACGGCUUCAACAACAUCAAGAUGACCAUUCCAGACACCAACUGUAUCGCAGACCAGUUUCCUCUCAACAAACUGACGGACUUGCUCAGACAGGAUGUGGCUGCGUCUGGUUUUACUGAGGUCCUCACGUUUGCUUUGUGUUCAAGAGAAGACAUUGCUGAAAAGGUGGGACAUAAAAUUGAAGAGACAAAAGCCGUGCACAUUGCUAAUCCGAAAACAGCUGAAUUUCAGGUUGGUCGGACGAGCCUGCUGCCUGGUAUUCUGAAGACGGUCCACUACAACCGGAACAUGCCGCUCCCUCUCAAACUGUUCGAGGUGUCCGACGUCAUGUACCAGGAUCCCAGCAAAGAUGUUGGAGUUCGGAAUGAGCGUCGUCUGUGUGCAGUGAACUACAACACGUCAUCAGGGUUCGAGAUCAUCCAUGGCCUGCUGGACCGAGUCAUGCAGCAACUCGAGGUCCAACACAGUCACGAACCCGAGGCUGGAUACCAUCUGGAGGCUUGUGAUGAUCCCGCCUUUUUCCCAGGAAGGUGUGCCAAUAUAAUCUGUCGAGGGAAGCCAAUAGGUCAGCUGGGUGUCCUUCACCCCGACACCGUGACAAAGUUUGACCUCAACAUGCCCUGCUCAGCACUCGAAAUCACCAUCGAACCUUUCUUGUGAUGAAUAAUUAAUUCAUAAUUUAUAAAACUCUAUCCCAACUGAAGACUAGAAAUAAAACACCCUCUGCCAGAGCAGAAAUCUCCCAAAAA